AUGGCAGAGAACAAGCCUUACCGCUACGGGCUCAUCGUCCUGGGGCUUUUUGUUGUGGCUGUGGGCCUGUUCAUCAUGAGUGUCGAAGAGCCCCAGGUGUUUGCCACCUUCUGUGCCUUUGGUCUACUCAUGGUCGGCAUUGGUAUUGCGUGGAGCAUAUGCCAAUGUUAUCCAAAGGUGACAUUCAUCACUCAAAGCCAGGAUGAGUUCUGGACCAUGGAGAAAAGUGGGCUUGUUGAUGGGACUGAGACCAACAAUAAGAGUUGGAAUAUGCUUGUGCACGCAUGGAAUAAAAUAGUACAAGAUGUGGUGAGUGCACUGUGUCGUCUCGACUGUCUCGGCAGUGCCUCCGAGUCGGCAAGGGCCCCGCUUGCAAGUUUCCAGGAUGAUAUGGAGAAAAGUGACGAGGACAGCGAUGGUGACAAAGCCCUUCGGUCCGAGCCAGCUUUGGAGACUGGAAGCCAGGUUCUCACUGCACACGCGGACCAGGUCAGAACCCUCAGCUGCACCAGGAGCUGCCCUGCUCUAGACCGACUGCAUACAAGCACCCCCCUGCCAGGACCCAAGGCUCCAAAUCUGGAUUCAGUGCCAGAGCUGUAUUAUGGAAAGGUGGAGGACUCCUGCCACUUUGAAUCGGACUUGGACAGCCAGUAGUGGGACGUUGGCUUUGGUCAAAGCAAUUUAAAAAUACAAUGGGCUGUUUUACCUUAGAAUACUUGAACACAUCAGUCAAACUACUCCAAA